CCUAAAAGUGCAAAACGGUUUCUACAGCGUCGCCUGUGGAUUCUUUCCAUUCAUAGACAGGCAUAUUUCGAACUAAGCAUGAAGACGCUGACAGACGAAGAAGAGGUCGAGAUAUCCCAAAAAAUAUUUGGCAACAGUAAUACCGGUGACUUUUCGGCCUUUUUCGACGUUUACAAUGAGUUUGCAAGCAAGAGCACCGCUCUGAAAUUCGGCACGCCUUCUGGUCCUAAACAUGGCUCAGAGCCCCUAAGCUACAAGACCACACUCCAGGUAAUUGAAGUACUGAGCAAGAAUCCAUGCGCCAAAAGGAAGAACGUCCUACAAGAAAUGCGUCGAAUCAUCAACUCAGGCCAGCAUACUACAGAGGAGGAAGUUCAGCAAGCCCUUAGGAUGGCUGUACGAGCUACGACCAUGACUGACUGCGAUGCUAAAAGACAUCAUGGAACAGACUACGCGAUCGCAGAUUAUACGCCAGUCUCUUGGGCUUCGGGAGAGACGUACAUCGAAUUCUUUAAGCGUUCUAUCCCGGGGUUCAGAUCGAAUGAGCAUGUGCCGCCAACAGAUGACGUUGUUCUCACCGGGGAUACGAAGGAUUCUUUGACAGCAUGGAAUUUGAAGAAGGAACUGAGGAUCAAAUUCCGAAAAACCGACGAUCUUGCGAGGCACCUACUGUUUGAUAGUGAUCGGAACGUUCUUUUCUUGUUCCACCACGCCCAAUUUUUGAAGGCUCAGAUCGGAAAGCAGUUGGAUACCGAUGAUCCACUCAGCCGAACCAUCGAGGACAGCCUCAAGAGCGGCUCACUUCCCCCACGUUUGCUCUUCGAAACUCUGUAUUCGCUGCAAGACAUACUCUUUCCACCGCACGACAACAGAUCGGCGAGGAUACUCGAGAAGCUGGUAUACAAACGGCGCAACAACUUCGAUCGUGGCUGUAUCGAGUACGACGGCUGCCUGCCGACUGAUCAGCUCCCGGACAACUUCGGAUACGUACACUGGGGCCAGCGCCUCUUGCGCCUCCAUCAACACCUGCGAAGCCGACCGCCACGGAACAAAUUAGAGCGGUGGUUGCACAAAAAAAGCAACGAGGGAAAUCCUCUCUUCGCAGCACUAGCAGCGUUGUGCAUUUCGAUUUGUGUGGGUAUUAUCAGUAUUGGACUGGCUGGAGUGCAAAUCUGGAUUGGUUGGAUGGCGUGGAAGCACCCAGUUAGGUGAUACUGAAACAGAAAGUAGAUGCUGAUGCUCGGCACAAACCAUUAUAUAAUUCCUACUAGGGUUACCUUUUUCUAUUCAAUGUAGUCGCU